GAAUUAGCGCAAUGAGCCCACUUACGGGGAUCGACCCUAGACCGACCGCGCACCAGGCGAGCACUUUACCACAGGGCUACGUUCCGCCCCAACAUGGAUCAGGUUACCGUACGUCUGGCGACCGGACGGUUUGCUUGAAUGUGUAUUCAGGCUUAACGUUACACGUGUUCGGCAUUCGUUUCAUCUGAACGCUCGAUUCACCAGUUUAACCAUGUGACGGUGCGCGUUGAUGUGUGUAAUCGCUGCAGAACACCAGUGUCAGUUAUAUCGAGUACUGCAGUGUGUACCGAAAUACUCGGGUUGCCCAAUAUAUACAAAUGUAUACGGAAAUGACGCAGUCUGUCCUGGUUUCAAAGUCGCAGAGUUAUCAUGCAUAUUACGAAGCGCGAUGAAACAAACGAUGCAGUUACGUGUGGGUUUCUCGGAAACUAUUCGUGUGCGGGAUUUUUCGCAGAUGAUAUUAAUUUUAUUCCCUGAAAAUGUCGAUUAGUGCGUAAAUCAAGCUUCCAAGGUCGAAAUCGUGUUUGUAUACAUGGAUUUCAAAAUAGAAUGGCGGAUGGGAAAGAAAACUGCCUACGUGACACAAGCAAUGUAUGCCAUUUAUGUGGAGCUUUUGAUGGUUUGUCGUUGUGUGGCGGGUGCAGGAAGACGUGGUACUGCUGUAAACAACACCAGAAAGACGACUGGAAAGAACACAAAAAGCGGUGUUCGUUCAAGCGGAACAAGAAAGAUAGCAUGCCAAAGAGCGACGACAGCGGGCCGACCAAAACUUCGGACCGGGUUGGCGAUGAAAGUCGUUCUACGGAUUCCGACGAAUGCGCGUGCAGUGAGAGUUCGCACGUAGACACCACCCACAAUUCAGACGACAGGCCAAGGCUGUCGACUGAACGAUUGAAUAAAAAAUCGUCAACGAGGAAGGACAGUCCCGAACUUGACGAACAUUUAGCAGGAUCGGCGGCCUCCGCCCUGAAUUUGGACCAACCCUAUUCAGAAUUUUCAAUGAGCCCGAUGCCGGCGCAAGUGCUAACUUCAGACUCCUGGCAGUCUUCGAGUGCAUACAUUAAGAUUUUGCAGUCAAGAUUCAAGGAACUGUCCUUGUAUGUUGUGAAAUGCCUUACAAAAUACGGAGUGUGUGUUAUCGAUAACUUUCUAGGUGAAUCCAAAGGAAUGGAGAUUUUAAAUGAAAUUAAAACACUGCAUUCAUCUGGUCAGUUCCACAAGGGACAGGUGGCGGUAAAUGCCGACAGGCCUGGUAUUACGCAUGUCCGAGGUGACCUCAUCACAUGGGUGGAUGGGUCAGAGGACGGGUGUAGCAACAUCCACUUCUUAAUUUCGUGUAUGGACGCUGUCAUGACAAAGUGUCAAGACCAGCUGGAACAUUUCAAAAUUGAAGAAAGGACCAAGGCUAUGGUCGCAUGCUAUCCAGGGAAAAAAACGGGUUAUUUGCGUCACAUUGAUAAUCCUAAUGAAGAUGGACGUUGUGUUACGUGUAUAUACUACCUCAACAAAGACUGGGACGUCAAGAAACAUGGUGGGCUGUUGAGGAUUUUCCCAGAGGGUGAGGACAUGGUAGCAAACGUAGAGCCAAAGUUUGACAGGUUGGUCUUUUUCUGGUCUGAUCGGCGGAAUCCACAUGAAGUUAUGCCAACUUUCAGAGAAAGAUAUGCUGUUACCGUGUGGUAUUAUGACACAGAUGAAAGAAACAGAGCGGUGAAGAGAUUUAAAAGAAGCUUAGGAAACUUUGACAGGAAAGGUUCUGUGCCACAGGCUGUUCCUCUUAUCAACAGCAAAGACUAGAUAUCUGUAGACCAGCAUUCCCGAGGAACUUGUUCUUCAACAUGUUACUGCUUGACUCCAACAUAUCUUCGAUCAUUGUGGAAAAUCUUAUUAUUCAGACUUUGUGGCUUGAAAUUCUUGUUAUUAUUUUGUCUCCAUGUAAAAUGACAUGGAUCAUUUGCUGUCGGAAAUAGUGUGAAAGUGAAGGAAUUUUGUGCAAGCGGUUAUUAGCAAAAGCAAAUGCAUAAUCUGUUUUGAUGUAUUAGUGAUGCCAAAAGGUAAGAGUACUUUAUUAUUUGUAAAAAAAAAGAAGAAAAAAAAAAGUUUUUAGUAUUCUGCAAUUCAGCCAUUUCAUUUUCAAUUGAAAGUUGCUUAAUUUGCUGUAAUAUUGUUAGCAAGUCUGCUGCCUAGUUUUGGGAGUUUUUAAACAAAUCUUAAUAAAAGCAAUUUUAGACAACAGGGGUUGGGGGAAUACACCGUCAGCUUUCAUCAGUUUACCUACAAGUACUACAUUUUAAAAUGAAAAGGCUGUAUUACUAAGUACCAUAAAAAGAUGAAACAUUUAUUGGUUUUCUAGAAAAAUCUGCAUUCGUUGUUUCAUUGAUCCAGAUAGCGAUAUUUUUGUUGGUCUACAGCCAUACAUACAUAUCAGCUGCCAUAAAAUAUCAUCUCAUAUGUAAUCACAACUUGUUGUGGAAUUUGAUUUCAGUCUGAAUGUUACAAACACACAGACUGAUUGCUAUAUUCUGUUGAUUCUUGUAGCUUUCGGUUCACCUUGUUUUUUGCAAAAUAUGAGAUGUAUAUAUAUAUAUACAUGUAUAUAUAUAUGAGCGAAUGUGUCAUUAAAAUAGUGCUCAUACAUGUGUGGCCAGUGUAGUUGAAAACAAGUUGUAUGCAGAUUGUAACAUGCACAGUGACAAAUACACAAACAACCUUUCAGUUCAUCCUGUUUUUUGAAAAUAUGAUAUGUUUAUGGGUGAACAUGUUAUUCAAAUCAUUGGCAGAUCCAGGGGGGUCACAUAUGUCCUCAGACCUCCACCCACCCAUUUUAAAAAGAAGAAAUUCAUCAUUCUCAAUAUACAACACUAAAUUGCCCAGAAAACAUGUUUUUAAGCAUCUGUAUUUGUAAAUUUUCCAAGAAGCAUGCCCCCAAAAACCUAUUACAGAUCUUUCUCCCUUUGGGAGCUCGGUUUGUUUUUCUGUGACAAACACAAAUUGCCCUUUCAGAAUUUUGUGAGCCUCCACUUUUACAAAGUACUGGAUCGGCCCCUGAAAACAGUGCUCAUAUGGCCAGUGUAGAUGAAAACACUGUUUGCAGACUAUAACAUGUACUGUUACAUGUAUACGCUUUAACAUUCCACUAAUAGCAAAAUAGUACAAGAAAAGUAGGAAAGAAAUAGAUCAGUGUUCGAGAUUAAUGGUAUCCCAAUAUCCUGGGGAUACCAGAAUUUAAUUUUGGAUACCAGAUUUCAGUAACCCAGUAUCCCAAUGGGACACCAUAUAAUGUUUUUUGGGUUUUUUUUUUAAAUUUUAAAAUCCUGCGUUUUUAUUUUUCGCUGAAACAAUGAAAGUCGUCAUUUACUGAUGAAGUUAAGUAACAGUUAAGGCCAAGUUUGUUACAGUGUUAUUUAUGAAUUUCAUUUAAAUGGGAUACUAAAUUCUCAGGUGGGAUACCAGAUUUUGAAAUGUUAGUAACCAACUGGGAUAAUACCCAAAUGUUUUAAUCUCGAACACUGUAGAUGUGUUGUUUUGUUUUGUAUUUCGAAGUAGGAGACUAAUCAGUCUUUGCUGUGAGCAAAAUCAAGGCCAGCUGAAGAUCAUGUUCUUGAAAUGGUGCUAACCGAGCAGUCGGUCACGUUUCAUGUCUAAUGUAUUUAAAAAUGUAUUUCAAGGUGAUCAACUUGCCACUCUCUUAAAACUUUACUGACGAGUGUGCUGGGGAGCAGGAGUGAUCACUUUGCUGUCCUGAUGAAGAUUGAUAUUGAUUUUAAAUAUAUUUAUUACCAAAUUGCAAUGGUAAAGGAUUGGUCAAUAGGCAAUGACUGUAUUGAAACGUUUUUGGGAACCUCUAAAAACAUGGUAGUUAAUCUGUAAUGAAAUUGUCAACAAUAACAGAUAGAGAUGUCAUACUAGGGGAUGAAAUUAACUAGUUGCCAGCUGAUUUUGACAAGCUGGGAUGUCUGUCACAACAAACAGGUCAGUUUAUUUAGUGUGUUCAUAAAUAAUAUGGUUCACAUGCUUGGAAGGUUAUGGUAGAAUGUGUUAUUGAAACUUGGUAAAGUACAAUUAAGGGGCAUCAUUGAACAUUCAAUCAUUCAUUCCUUCAGGGUCGGUAAAGCCAAUAAGAAUACACAGAGCAAUUGAUAAAAUUGACUCGUUUAAUACAACUGCGUUUAAUAUUCUGUGAUAUAAAUAAUUCACUGCUGUUUUGUGUCAUUAUUGAGUCAUUGUGACCUACUUUUCACACCAGUGAAUCUAUAAAAGGAAUGCUCUGUGAAUAUCUCCCAAAACUUGGCCUGGCAGGCUGAAUGUUUAGUGGAUAUAGGCAUGCCAAAGAGUCCCCUGCCCCUGUCCUAUUUCUCCCAAACUAGUAGAAUGUCCUGGAAAGCUAAUAUGUCACAUGCCAUAUUUAAGUCAAAGUGACCUAUGUUUUAUGCAACAUUGAAUAUCAAUUAUUUUGUUGUUGUUGUGACAGAUGUAAAGUACAAUUACAAUAAGAUAGCUAUUAAUACUCCAGUGUUGACUUCAAAAUAAACUUGAUAAUUUAAUAUUAGUGGUAUGCAUAUGCAAUAAGGAAUGUAUUACUCGUUGCACUUGGUGCAAAGAUUAGACAAUAGUCCAUGUAUUGUGUUUAGAGAAACAACCACUGUAUUAUGUCAUCAGUGUUAGUGUUUAUUUGGCCUUGCUGAAAACUGUAAUAAAAGUUUAUUUUUGUAUACUGGUACCAUACAACGAUCCUGUUGCCAAAAUAAGUAUGACGGUAACAAAGUCUGUAACAGUUUUCUUUUUAUAUAUAAACACUGUGUAUUAAUUAUUGGUUCAUAGAUUUAUAUAUCAAUGUCUUGAAAUUUUGACAGUGAUGACAUUUAUUGAAGACAAUAAUAGAAGAAAAAAAGUAUAUAUAUAUAUAUGUAUGUAAAUGUAACUGAAUUUAUUUUGUGGUAAACGUUUACUGUCUAAACAUUUCUCAUUUUCUUAGGUUUAAGGAAAACUGGUGGCCACGAUACCUAGACUAGAAAUGUUAUAUAUGCAGUCAUUGUUGGCUCAUAGACAGUUGAAUCUGUACAUAAUUAUGUGCUUUUACUACAGAGUCAGAAUGCUAGUCAUAGAAUAUAUGGUGCAAAAAUGAAAAACCCAGACCACAAAUUAUGUUGUAAAACCUUUUCAUGUGUUCUGGAAUGAUGCCGUGGACUGAGCCUUUUCGUUAUGUCACGAACUAAAAGUGUUGGACAGCACAUUGUCACAUCCACAAUAUAAUUAAAUUGAUAGCAUGCUGUCAUGCUACAUUAGGGUUAAUACAGUUCGAAUAAUAAAAAUGUAUUUAUAGUCGUGUGACUCCAUGUGCAUUUGUAUCCUUUUCACAGUUGAAGUAAUAAAUUCUUGUGCCUGGGAUUAAGAAUAAUUCAAUAAUGUACACUAGCAAUACUUUUGUGAGCCAAUUGCAGGGUUUCUGCCAGAAAAAGUGUUUUGGGUAUUGUGUUAUGGAAUUGAAUAGUUACAAUGUGUCUGUUUAAUGCAACUGCAGUCCUCCAGAAAGAAAAUGGGUUACGUUUAGGGUUAGAGUUAAGAAAAUCAUACAAUAACGAUAAGAGUCAUUAAUUUUGUUAAAAGGUUAACUUUAAAAAAAUAUAAAAAAUUUGCAAAACAAUUUGGGUAUGGCGCCAUACCCAUUUUACCCUCUGGCAGAAACCCUGAAUUGUACUUCUUGUUAUUAGAGGAAAUAAUCUAAUUAGAUUAAUUAGAUUUUGAUUUCAAGACAGGUAAAAAUGCUCUAGUUUCAAAUUAUCAUAAUUAUAUUUAUUUUUAUUUUUAUUUUUUUUAAACCUAGGAAAAACAACAUACCUGGAAUUCCUGUAUUUAAGCCCCGGGCUUAAAUAUGGAAAAUACCACCUUGCAGAAAAUAAAGUUUUAUCUGAAAUUAGGCCCAAGGCUUAAAUAAGUAAAUACAAAACAUGUUUAAAAUUUGGGGGGGGGGCAGUUAUUAAUUCAACAAUCCAUACAUGCAUUCUAGCCACUUCACUUUCAUAGUUACGGAAAGGGAAAAGCUAUAGUGCUUCAUAGUUCCGACAUCAAUAAAUAUAAUUAUUAUUUUAAUGGACACAUGAUCUUUAUUUCAUGUGCAAUUUCUGCUUAAAUUAACUAAGGAUUCUUGUUGAAGUGAGGACAUUACAGUUUUCAUAUUAUCGAGUUAUUUAAUUAUGUAAACAUAUUUGAUAUUGAUUAAUUGAAGGUGUUUUUAUGAUAAUAAUUUUAUUUUUUCAUCACAGUUAAAUGUAAAGAUAUAAAUAUUUAUUUCCACUAUGCUAAAGCAUCUUCAAUUCUAAUAUAUUUAAAAUUUGUUGCUAAGUUCUUCUAUUCUUAAUAGUAAAUAUGAUAUUAUUUUUUGUUUUGUUACAUAGGUGGGAUUCCUGUUGAAAAAUAUUAUCUGAAUUUAAGCCCAUAGGUUUGAAUAUCGUAACAUUUACCAUUUUGUAAACCCAUGGGCUUCAUUUCGGGUGGCCUUAAGUAUGGGAAAUCUUGGUAACUGUUUCUUGACUUCAAUAUUUCUACAACUUAUCUGUUGUAAUGAUCAGAUAUCAUAUAAUUUCAUUACAUGUACAUGUAUAAGGGAUAAUAUGCCAUAAAGAAACGUUUACGCUCACUACUAGAAGUGUAGCAGUGAUUACUGUUGUAUUUUUCUUCUAAUGCACUAGACUGAAUGACUAUUGACAUAAAUUGAUAAAACCAAAUUGUACUGGUCCAUCUGCUUUACAGUUCUUCAUAUUCAUUGAGGGGUGGCAGUCAGCAAAAUGCUUGGUGUGUUUGAGGUUGUCAUGGAUUAGAAUUCACCCCAGACUACAAAAUUAUCACUUUGUUUCUAAUACCCACAAUUUAAUAAAACUCUCUUGUAAUUUUUGAUGUAAUGAAAUACAUGAAAGAUGGAAAGCAAAAGCUAUUUGUGAAACUGAUUGUGCAUUGUGAGAAGUAUUUGCUGCUUGCUCCAAUUGGCCCAAUGGACUAUUUCUUGUUCCAGCCAGUGCACCACGACUGGUAUAACAAAGGCCGUGGUAUGUGCUAUCCUGUCUGCGGGAUGGUGCAUAUAUAAGAUCCCUUGUUACUUAUGGACACAUGUAGCAGGUUUUACCUCUUAAGACUAUGUCAAAAUUACCAAAUGUUUGACAUCCAAUAGCCAAUGAUUAAUAAAUCAAUGUGCUCUAGUGGUGUCGAUAAACAAAAUGAACUUGUAGUUUUUGCUGUAAAAAUAAGAUGGAAAGCAAAAGCUAUUUGUGAAAAUUAUUAUCAAAAACCUGUGCAAUUUGAGCAGUAUUUGCUGCCUGGUCCCUGUCAAUUUCUAACCAUGAUUGUUACAUAUUAGUGGUGUGACAUCAUUGGUUAAUAAGCUGAUAAUUCACUCUGCAUUAAGCCAGUGAGAUAUGUUGUUGCUGACAAAGAUUCUGAGGCCAAUUUCACUAAACAUCGUAAGUUUACGUCUGCGACUAGCAGUUAUACCGGGCAUACGUUUACACGUGUCUGGCAUCUACACGUAUUUUACGAAGAAAAUCACACCAUUACGGAAAAUGGAGCAUAUUAAGGACAAAUGAAAUAUGUGUACUUACAACUAUAUUUGUUGUACUAUGAUAAUAAGAAUUGUGUUUUAGUCGUAGAUUUACGGUUAUGUACAAAACAAGGCUUACGAUUUUUGUGUGAAAUUGGGCCCCGUUACAUUGCAGAUAUUGAAAUUUACCUAUAUUCGUUUUUUCAUCAUAAAAUGUGACAUUUUAAAAAUUGUUAUUUAAAGUAUAUGAUUUAUGAUAUUUGUAUUAUUUUAAAUAUGACAUUCUAGAAAAUGUGUCAUUUUAUUCUAGUAAUUCCCAGUUAAUAAUUUGUUUUGAAUAUUUAGUCUGGAUUAUUCCAUACCGAUGUACUGAGUGAUCACAGUUGAUGAAUACAUCCAGAAAACGUUUUGCAGACUUUGCAGUACAUUUUGAAUGUAUGUCAUUUAUUGUUGCAUUUUCUUUUCAAUGUUUCUUUGAUGCCAUUUUAAUUCUAUAUUUUGUAGCAAAUUAUAUUAAAACAUUGCUGAAGUUAUAUUGAGGACACCACUUUUGUGCUGGGGUGUUGUUCAGCAUUCAUUCAUUCAUUCAUUCAUUCAUUUAUUCCAAGAACAUUUUACGGCUCUGAAAUUUGUGUAAAUGAUAUUUGGACAUUUGGUUUGAUGCUAACGACCUCAAUAUGUUUUGGUUGGUGAAAAAUUAAAAGCAUAAAAAAAAUCAUUAAACACCAAUGUUUAGAAUGGCUGAGGACUUUAAUUCACCGAAAAAUUUGGACUACGAUCUUUAAUGCUAGGCUGAGGGGCAGUGAUUGAUUUGAUUUGGUAUAAAAUGACAUAAAUAAGUAGAAUUUCUGUUACUAGUCCAUCAGACAAGUGCAUCUUAAAUUCUACAUGUCUGCUAAUAUUUUCACAUAUUCAAAUACGUAGUUUGUUAUAUUCAAGAGCAAAAAUAAUGCUUUUUGAUUAUGCUCGAAACCUUAGUAGUAUAUGAGCAUGUUAAAAUAUAUCCGCUUUUUGAUUGGUCAAAAAGCAACUGAAAGUUUAUUAAUAUUAUUAUUUUAAAAAUAAUGUUCAUGUUCUAACAUGCAUUAGACGAACAUCUAAUAUUGCAAGUGUCAGCGACAUCAAAUACGUAUAUUGUAUGUGAGACAUUUAAUUCUGCGAAAUUCUUUUUUAUUAUUAUUAUUAUUAUUACUAUAUAUAUUUUUUUUUUACCUUCUUUUAUUCUCUUUAUUUAAAAAUUGUGAAGAUAUUCUGCUGGUUUCUUAUAUUUAUAUGUAUACAUGUCUAUAGAAAUAAAUACGGGCCUUAACAGGUAUCGUUUUUAGGAAAUGAAUGGAUCUUGUAAUUUAUAGUGGGUGUUCAAAUUAUUUUUCAUUCGUGAUAUCGAUUGCCUGAUGAAUUAUUGUUAUCAAGUUGCUUCCAUUUGCAUUAAUUAUGAUCGCUUGGUUGACCUUUUAAAUUGGAUGGUUAUGUGAAUAUUUGUUUAUGUAUCAAUAUCAUGAAACUGUGAUCUUAUGUGUAAUUGAAUAAAUUUACCAAUUGGUAA